AUGCCAAUAGAAAGUGGAAGUUGUGCAUCUGCUCGCCAAGCAAAGCAGAAACGUAAAUCGCACAGUCUUUCAAUCCGAAGAACCAACAGUUCCGAGCAAGAACGGGCAGGACUGCAGAGAGACAUGUUGGAAGGGCAGGAUUCUAAAUUACCAUCUUCUGUCCGGAACACACUCCUUGAACUUUUUGGACAAAUAGAGCGGGAGUUUGAAAACCUGUAUAUUGAAAAUUUGGAAUUACGCAGAGAGAUUGACACUCUGAAUGAGCGUUUAGCAGCUGAAGGACAGACAAUUGAUGGAGCUGAACUGAGCAAAGGGCAACUGAAAACAAAAGCCAGUCAUAGUACCAGUCAGCUCUCUCAGAAAUUAAAGACAACUUACAAGGCAUCUACUAGCAAGAUUGUAUCCAGUUUUAAAACUACAACAUCAAGGGCAAUCUGUCAACUGGUAAAGGAAUAUGUUGGCCACAGGGAUGGUAUUUGGGAUGUCAGUGUCGCGAAAACUCAACCAGUGGUGUUGGGAACUGCAUCUGCUGAUCACACUGCUUUGCUGUGGAGCAUAGAAACAGGGAAGUGCCUUGUCAAGUAUGUAGGGCAUGUUGGAUCAGUAAAUUCCAUAAAGUUUCAUCCAGCUGAGCAAGUGGCUCUUACAGCAUCUGGAGACCAGACAGCUCACAUCUGGAGAUACUUAGUACAGUUGCCUGCACCUCAGCCAACUGCAGACUGCAAUCAAAUGUCUGGAGAAGAUGAAGUUGAGUUCUCAGACAAAGAUGAACCUGAUGGAGAUGGAGAAGGUUCUAGUGAUUGUCCCACUGUCAGAACCCCGUUAACUUCACUCAAAAGCCAUCAGGGAGUGGUCAUAGCAGCUGACUGGCUUGUGGGGGGGAAGCAAGCGGUGACAGCGUCGUGGGACAGGACAGCAAAUCUGUAUGAUGUAGAGACUUCCGAACUUGUCCAUUCUCUUACAGGGCAUGACCAAGAGCUAACACAUUGUUGUACACAUCCCACCCAGCGUCUUGUGGUGACAUCAUCACGCGAUACAACCUUCCGUCUGUGGGAUUUCAGAGAUCCUUCUAUCCAUUCUGUGAAUGUCUUUCAGGGCCACACAGACACUGUGACAUCUGCAGUUUUCACUGUGGGAGACAAUGUUGUUUCUGGUAGUGAUGACCGUACUGUAAAAGUCUGGGAUUUGAAAAACAUGAGGUCUCCUAUUGCAACCAUCCGUACAGAUUCUGCAGUCAACAGGAUUAACGUAUGUGUUGGUCAAAGGAUCAUCGCCCUUCCACAUGACAACCGACAGGUCAGAUUAUUUGACAUGUCAGGAGUGCGAUUAGCACGCCUCCCCCGCAGUAAUAGACAGGGCCACAGGAGAAUGGUGUGCUGCUCAGCGUGGAGCGAGGACCACCCAAUCUGUAACCUCUUCACGUGUGGGUUUGAUCGUCAGGCUAUUGGCUGGAACAUCAACAUCCCUGCUUUGUUACAAGAAAAAUGAAAUGCUGGAAGAAUUUUUGUGUUUUACGUUGCCAUGGACUUCUACACUUUUUGCAGACUUUUCUGGAUACUGGUCUGCUGUCGCUGUAAAGGCUCUUCCUGAAGUGGAGACUUUAGCAAAUGUUGUUCUUGUGCACAGCCUGCAUGAAUUGUACAGAAAAUGUGAUUUUUUUUUUUUAAACUUAGUUGGUCUUGUGUAUGAACUUUUUCUAUUUUGGCAUCCACUGGUCAACAUGUUCGCUGUUGCAUAGAGCACAUAAAUGUUCAUAAGUUAUUUAGCAUUUAAUAAAUACACAGUAGGGCAUUACACUUGUGACAUAAAUGUGAAACUUAGGUAAUUCAUGUAGAGAGUGUAUAGCAGUCUGUUACGUUUUACCAU